CAAUGUCGAACGGUUCUAGCUAUUGAGCAACGCUCUUAAAUCUGUUUAUAACAGCGUGUUGACUCGGUCCGACCCUUUGAUUUCACGUUUCUCCUUGAUUAUCCCGAUUUCAAGGGAUAAAGUGCUCUGAAUGGGUGUCGCGUCCCGGAGUUCUUACUUUUGUGCCAGCAUUUAAUACCAGCCAGUGAUAGACCGACCACUACAUCAUGGCCGACGCAGUUCCUUCCACCCCCCGAACCUCUGCGGGCGGGACGGAGAACGCAAACAAGUUUCAACAUGCCAUAUCCGCCUGGAGGACCGUCGACCUCACCAGUUUGGUCUCGGGGCUGGACAAUACCGCAUCCGAGAUUGUCACCUAUCAGCGCGACUCGGUUGUCCAGCGCAAGGAUCUAGCACAAAAGACGAAAGAUUUCAGGAAACUGGACGAUGCCAGCAAGUUGACAGAGAUCAAGGUCUUACUCAAAGCAUACCAAACCUUUAUUGACCUCCUUACGAACCACUCUAAAUCGAUAAAUUCCUCCUUCAUACACGCAUAUAACGCGCUUUCCGAGGCUCCCGAUCCAUACCCGCUACUAGAGGCUGCAGUUGACUCAAUGCUGCUGACCGAGGACACGCUUCCAAAGUUGACCGAGGAGAACCAACACUUGCAAAAGACUGUCACUCAGCUGACGUCGCAGCUCGAAGAUACUGAAUCUCGCCUGCAGACUGAGCGUGCCGCCCGAAAAGAACUGGAGGACAACCUCGAAUCCAGAGUCAAGGAGGUAGAGACCACAUGGAUCGCAGUAGUGGACGAAAAGAAGGACAACUGGGCUGCCAAGGAAAAGGCCUUGGAGGAGAAAUUGGAGAACCAAGAAAGGUUACUGAGUGGCAUUCGGGCUACAGAGGAGGUCAAUGAGCGGCUCGGCAAGUCUACCAGUGAUGCAGAUGAGUCUCAGCAAAGAUCGUACGUCAUGGGGGCUGAGCUUGAGAUGGUCAAUUCGGAACUGGAACGCACAAGCGCUCGUUUGGCCGAGGUCGAGGCUCGCAACGAGCAGCUACGUCUUGAGCUUGCGGAACAGGCCAAGAAGUCACAAAGCAGCAACCAGCUUCAGAACCAGCAACUCGAAGACGACCCGGCUUACAUGCGCAUGCGCUCCGAGAAUUCAUCGCUCAUGCGCAAGCUGGACGCAUCGCGAGUUGAAAAGGAGUCGCUUAGGCGUGACCUUGAUACACGCAUGCGCGGACUCGAGCGUGAAGUGAAUUUGCUGCGAGAGGAGCGUGAGAAUUUGCGCGCCAAGGUGCAAAAGUGGAGUGACUACGAAGACAUAAAGCAGGAGCUUGAAGUGCUGAAGAGCAUUGAGUUCGCUAUGGGUGACGAAGAUGAUGUUCAAGGUGGUCAGGACGAUGACACUGUUGCUGAUGCUUCCGCCACCGGCAAGGGCAAGGGUGACACGCUCGAGCAGCUUUUGUUGGCGCGGAACAAGAAGCUCAGCGACGAGCUUACCAUUCUGAGAGUUUCACACCAAGAUCUUCAGACACGACUCUCGGAUCUACAGGAGGAACUUUCAAGGACGAAUGCGGAGCUUGAAAAGUCACAGAACUUGAACGAAAAGCUUGAGAAUGACCUCUCAACGCUCCAGGCUGAGGGGGCCAAUGCUUUUCCGUCAGGCGCAUCGGUGGCCGGGACUUAUGUGAACCGAUAUGCGCCUUCUGUGGCUGGCAGUCGAAGGCCUGGAGCCGGGGGCGGAAGGACAAGUCCUACGUCCUCAAUCAUCAGUGGCUUCGCAACCGGUGGUGGUGGUGGUGGCUUAGGCAGUGAGCGCGAGCCGAUGGGUGGCGGUUCUGGUAUCUUGCCAAUGAUCACUGCUCAACGCGACAGAUUCAAGAAACGAAACGCACAGCUCGAACAGGAGCUCUCCGAGACGCACCGCAACGUCUCACAGCUAAGGCAAGAGAUUGCUGCCCUACAAAAGGACAACCUGAAGCUGUACGAAAAGUCACGUUAUGUGCAGAGUUACAACCGAGGCGGCGGCAUGCACCCCACGGCAGCAGCUGGAGGAGCUUCACCCAUGAUGGGUGGCGCAGUGAGCUCGUCAUCCUCAGCCUUCGCAGCCAAUCCCAACCCGUCGACGAUAUCCAUCGGUGGCGGCACCAGCAAUGGCCCCAUAGCUCUGGACCAAUACAGAAAGGCAUACGAGUCCAACUUGAGCCCAUUUGCAGCGUUCAGAGGCCGAGAGUCGGCUCGCGCCUACAAGCGCAUGUCACUUCCUGAACGGGUCGUCUAUUCGAUAACGCGCAUGGUGCUUGCCAGUCGCACCAGUCGAAACCUGUUUGCGGCGUACUGUGUGGCGCUGCAUUUGCUGGUGUUCAUGUCACUCUAUUGGCUCGGUACUGUAGAUGUCGAGAGUCAUGCCAGCAACCUAGGCGGUGCGGCAGCUGCAGCAGCAGCAGCAGCCGGGCGUGGAGCAAAAGGAGCUGCCGCCGCGCAUGGAGACUGGCACAGUGACGAUUUCAAGGGGACAUAACGUUCCUUGAAUGUAUUUGUGUGAUUUAAGUUGUAUAUUUUUUGUAAUACUGGGCCAGUGAAGCUCUAUGUAUGUGGUUGCUUUGGCUGCUACUUUGGGUUCAUGCUGCAUUUAUCUUUGUUUUCUGUAGCGUUUGAUGAAAUGCCGCAGACAUGGGCUUUCCACGCUGGUGUGUUGGACUACUUGCGUACCAGCUGUUUUUGUCUUUUAAAUGGGAACAUCAUUGGUGUUCAUG